GUUGAGAAGAGAGAGAAGAAAAAGAAAACCAAAACUGACCACCAGAGAGAGAGAGAGAGAGAGAGAGAGAGAGAGAGAGAGAGAGAGAGAGAUGGCAGGAGAGAAGAUAGUGGGUGUAGCCGUUGAUUUCUCAUCAUGCAGCAGGAAAGCACUAAAAUGGGCCGCGGAUAACAUUAUCCGUGACGGGGAUCACCUUGUCCUGGUCAUUGUACAACCUGAAGGUUACUAUGAAGAUGGCGAGAUGCAGCUCUGGGAAGUCACCGGAUCACCUAUGAUCCCUCUAUCAGAGUUUUCUGAUCCCGUGACCAUGAAGAAAUACGGGUUGAAGCCUGAUCCUGAAACUCUUGAUCUUCUCAACACUGUUGCUCACCAGAAAGAGAUCGUUGUGGUGCUGAAGAUCUACUGGGGAGACCCUCGUGAAAAGAUAUGUGAAGCAAUUGAUAAGAUCCCUUUGAGUUGCCUUGUAAUUGGCAACAGAGGACUUGGCAAGGUUAAGAGGGCCAUCAUGGGUAGUGUAAGCAACUAUGUGGUGAAUAAUGGAUCCUGCCCAAUUACUGUCGUGAAGCAGUCGGACCACGAACCGUAAGCCCAUUUACCCUUUCCAAGAGGGAUAAUCGCUAUGUUCUCUUUGGAUUGAGCUUGGAUUUCUUUAGCUGUCUAGGAGCUUAAUUUGCAUGGCAUGUGAAAUUCUGCUGUAUCAAAUAAGGAUGUUGAAUGUUGUUUGUUACUUGUUGAAGUUGGACAGAUUUCCGAAUA